AUGACUGUUUCGUAUUCGGCGGAGGUACCGAACGGUAGCAAUUUUGGCGUAUUUUGGCGCAUCCUUUGGAAAUGGCGUGGCAGUGUAUAUAAAGCCGUCUGGCGGGAGCUUUUGGCAUAUCUACUAGUCUACUACACACUUAAUUUCACCUAUCGGUACGGUCUCAGCGAAGAUGGUAAAAGAGUGUUCGAACGGAUCCGUACCUAUUUCGGACAACAGCGGGAAACGGUACCACUAUCCUUCGUGCUCGGCUUCUACGUCAGCUUGGUAGUGAAACGGUGGUGGGAACAAUACCGAAUGCUACCAUGGCCAGAUACGCUGGCACUGUUUGUGAGCGCAGCCAUCCAGGGCAAUGACGAAACUGGUCGACUGAUGCGGCGAAACAUUAUGCGCUACAUGGUCCUGUCGUACGUGAUAACGCUGCAAAAGAUUUCGCUCCGCGUCAAGCGACGCUUCCCGGGCUGGCAGCAUCUGGUCGAUGCCGGCCUGAUGCUGGAGAGUGAGCGUAAAAUAUUCGAGAUUAUGGACGCGAAAAGCCCCAUGUCCAAGUACUGGAUGCCGCUGGUGUGGGCUACCAACAUCAUCAACCGGGCGCGCAAAGAUCAGCUGAUCCCGUCCGAUCACAUCGUGCAGACGCUGCUGAUGGAGCUGUCCGAUAUCCGGCGCCGGCUCGGUGGUCUGAUCGGCUACGAUACCGUGUGUGUGCCGCUGGUCUACACGCAGGUCGUGACGCUGGUGCUGUACUCCUAUUUUACCGCCGCCAUUAUGGGUAGCCAGAUGAUACCGACGUACGAUGCCGCAACCGGCACCUACCAAGAGCUGGAUGUGUUUUUCCCACUGUUCACGGUGCUGCAGUUUGUGUUCUACGUCGGAUGGUUGAAGGUGGCCGAGGUGUUGAUCAACCCAUUCGGCGAGGACGAUGACGAUAUUGAGCUGAACUGGCUGAUUGAUCGACACAUUAAGGCGUCGUACAUGAUCGUGGACGAAAUGCAUGACGAGCAUCCGGAGCUGCUCAAGGAUCAAUACUGGGAGGAGGUCGUACCGAAAGAUCUGCCGUACACCGUUGCGUCCGAGCACUAUCGGCGCGAAGAGCCGAAGGGUUCCGCGGAACACUACAAAGUGAAGGAGGCGGAUGCAGUCUACGCAAACAUCGGUGCCGUUGGGGGCAAGCGCAUGAUGAACGACGAGAUGUACGCCGACUAUGAAAGCGUCGACACCCCAAUGGCGGAACGACGUAAGGGAUGGCUGGGCAAGGUUAGCCGAAUGGGAUCCGGACGUAGUUCCUCGACGGCGUAUUCGUCUGGAGGUCUUUUUGCGCGCAAUCGGCACAAUUCGGUGUACUCUAGCCCAGAAGCGGGCCUAGGACAACCGAUUGUGACUGGAGCGCCCGCUCCGAAGGUGAGCCUGUACGAUCGAUUCGUAAGCCGAAAAUCUGGCCGUCAUGCGAGGCAAAUUAUUAAGCAAAAUUCGAAGCUCAGCCUCAACGGUUCGGUUAUAUCGAACGUACCGCAAAAGGCACGUCCCCGAAUACCGACACCGGACGUGACGAAAGAGAGUCGUGUCCCGCCACUCGGUACAGUGACGACAAGUACCGCAAACAUUGCGUCGGGUGUUGCACUGAUGGCAACACAGCUCGCUCACAAUCCCUCCAUCUAUCCAGCAUCGACGGCGACGCUUAACAACAACGAUGUACCGGUGGUCGGAACGCUCCUGCUGGCGCCGAUCAAAGAGCUAGAUUCGAGCUCUACGACCAACACUUUACACUCAGGCCAGUCCGCGACGGCUUCACUGGCCAAAUCGAUUUUACCAACGGCGCUGAAGAGUUCUGUGUCGCCGUUCGGCAAGGACGGCACAAAUCUCGAGCUGACGCUCACAAACCCAUCGUCCCUGGGCGGUACACCGAAUGCGCUCGGUGCGAACACCGUCAUCGUACUGCCGGCAACAACCACCACAGUAGCUGUUUCCGCCAACGGUACGACGGUGACGGGCACGAUCCCGAUCACGGCCGGAACGGGCCGAUCGCUGGAUGCAACCGACACUAGCCCCGGUUUGCGGGCGUCGGGUGGAGUUCUGGUACCGAAAACGGACGCCUUGCUGCCCAUUUCACUCACCUCCCUUCCGCUCUCGUUCACGGUGACGCCGGUCACGAACACUAGCAGUAACAGUACGACCACCACCAGUACCGCCGGGGGCACCAUCAUUACCGAGCUGCCGUGUGACGACGGUGAGGUCAGUACCAGCGUAACGAUGAGCAACGAGAAAAGUCGUCCACCGCCAUCCGCCAGCAAUGCGGACAGCUCUUCCUCAGCCGCAUCGACACUAAGCAAACGGAAGCCGAAGCAUGGCGAGGUUUACGUUUAG